AUGCCCGCCUGCCUUCUUCCAGCCGAUGAUGGCGCUGUCCCCUACCGCGGCGUGAUGCUGGACCCAUGUCGGCACUUUGUACCGCUUGCUGAGGUCCGACGGAUGGUCGAGGCGCUCGCGUUGAUCAAGAUGAACGUGCUGCACUUGCACCUCAGCGAUGACCAGGGUUGGCGCUUCGAGUCCCUCAAGUGGCCGCGCCUCACCACGCACGCCUCCAGCCGCUCCAAAACGGUCGUCGGCCGCCCUGGAAACUAUGGCCGCGAGGGCCUGCACCCCGAGAAUUACCUCAACAAGUAUGACGGCAAGGAGCACGGCGGCUUCUACACGCAGGCAGAGUUGAGCGAACUUGUCGCUUUCGCCAAGGGCAAGGGCGUCACGAUCGUCCCCGAGAUCGACAUGCCGGGCCAUAUGCGUGCUGCCCGCGCCGCGUACCCCGAGCUGGGAUACAACGGCACGCCGCAGGAAGUCGGGUGCAGCUGGGGCGUAUAUCCAGAGGUGUUACGCGCCGAUGAACCAGGCCUCAAGUUUGCCAAGGACAUCCUUGGCGAGAUCUGUGACGUGUUCGACUCGCCGUACGUCCAUAUUGGCGGCGACGAGUGUCCGAAGGAGGAGUGGGCCUCUGCGCCUAUUGCCCGCAAGCAGGUGAAGGACAUGGGCCUCGACCCCGACCAUCUCGACAGCUACCAUAAGCUACAGGCCUGGUUUACGGCCGAGAUGGCGGCGUUCCUCGCCUCAAAGGGGCGCAAGCUGUUGGGCUGGGACGAGAUCUUGGACGGCGGUGCGCCCGAGGGAGUCGUCGUCAUGGCCUGGCGGGACUGGACACACGCUGCCGAGCGCGCCACCAAGGCCGGCAUUCCCAUUAUCCAGGCCCCGAGCCUGCUGUACUUUGACUACGCACAGGGUCCGGAGAAGGAUGAACCGCUGUCCAUCGGGCCGGGUGCGACGCUCGAGCAGGUCUACGCUUUCGACGUGUACAAGGGCGUCCCGCAAGAACACCGCGACCUCGUCCUCGGAACGCAGGCGCAGCUGUGGUCCGAGUACAUCCCGAACCCCAAGCACCUGUGGUACAUGGCUUUUCCCCGCCUCAUUGCGCUAGCGGACGUUGCGUAUUUCGGCAAGAACCGCGACAGUUACGAGGACUUCCUUAAGAAGCUGCCGGCGCGUGUGGAGGAGCUGAAGAAGCUAGGAAUCCAAGGUCACCCUCUCCCCUAA